UGAACUUUACACAACAUUAGCUGUUUGCCGCGGAGCUUUGGCUCUCCCGGAGAUUAGCCAAAAACCUUGCUGUUUCUCCACAUAAUGUUUUAAAGGAAUGGCGUUUCAUUUGAAGCAAUAUUGGUUUCUAGCUGUUCAAGGACUGGUGUUUGUGGCGACGGAACCCGUACUCGAAGUCACAGUAAAAUGUGGAGAAACAGCAAGGUUGCCCUGUAAAGCUGAGUAUGAAGUUGGAGUUCAGUACAGGGCUCUCAGCUGGUAUAAGAUCACUGAUGAUGGAGUUGGUUUAACAGGAAUCGUUCAAAAGGAUUUCAGAGAGAACAUUGCCAGGAAGUAUCUGGGUUUUAACAGAUCAGUUGAAUUAGCUUCUGAACUACCCUUUUCCUUGGUUAUUCACAAUAUCUCCAGCGAAGACUUUGGAACAUAUCAGUGUUCAUUAUGGGCGCCUCUUGGGAAACGAAACAGAGAAGCCAAUAUCGACCUCAGGGAAGUGGGCAUCCUUCAAACUUCAAAGAGCUUUGGACGACAGUCAACUAUCUUACAAGUUGUUCUGACCACUCUGGGUUUCACACUCUUAAUGCUUGUGGUUUUUCUAUCCAUUAUGUGUGCAAGAAAUCAUAAAAUGGCUCCAAAUUAUAUGAAAUUUACUGCAGUACAAGCAAAACCAAUGUUCUGUGGAAAACUCCUCAGUGCUUAAAAACAAUGUGUAAAAACAAGAGCAAAACAAAUAGUUGUUGCAUUUUGUAUAACAUAAUUCUUUAUAAAAACUUAACCUUUUA